AUGGCAUUCGCAGGGAAACGCAACACGCAAGAGCUCAAGAAGCUGGAAAAGACUGAUGUCAAGAUAUCAGAGGCGAGACUCUUCAACGCAUACACGAGAGUUGUGCUUGUCGUUGGUCGCUAUCCACAAGCGUUAUACGACCAGUACCUCGAGCUCAGCCACAUCAACGCGACCGAGGUCAAACUCGGACACGGCAUAGGACGGAUAGCGUGGCUGAAACGUGAUGUUCACGGCAAGCUAAGCCGCAUCGUCCUCUACAUCAACCACCCGGAGUGCUUCAAGAGGUAUCGAGCCCACGUUACCACGAAGGCCCAACAUCGGCAAGCCCUCCGAGAGCGCCUUGUGGACCUGACAAUGGUCUACUUCAGGCGGCCGGUCUCUCUUCCCGCCUUUCUAUCUACCACGCAGACAUGGCACCAGCACUCGACUGGACAGCUCGUUCCGCUGCGCGUGUUCGCCGACUUCCUUGACGGUGAUGGCGAUGAGACAGAGCUGAGGACAGCGCUGACGUGGCCACGAACUCCAUCUGGCUUCAAGGUGCACACCGUCGCCGGUGAGGACUGCCGGACAUUCUUUCCGAGCGCCGAGAUGAUCGCGCGCUAUAGGCCAAGGGCAGCCACGUUCGAGAAGGCGAUGGAGCGUAUGUGGGACAACACCGCGCUGAUCGAAGAAGACGACGACGAGGAAGAAGAGGGACCUACAAGGAAGAGGACCAAAGUGACCGGACUGAAGGCUGGGCUGUCAAAGGAAGGGUACGAUCGCCAGACCUACAAAAUGAACCAAGCAAAGAUCGCCGCUGGUGACAAAAUCGCCGCGGAGAAGUUCGAUAAGAAGCGCAAGAGCAUCACGCAAACCCACAAAAACACACAGGCGAAGGUCGCUGCCAUGGAUGGGAAGAUACCAUUCAACGAUGCGCUUGACAAGAGCAAGAUGUCGACUACGAAGAAGGCACCGAGCAAGUCCCUAGAGUCAGGGCGCCGGUCGAGAGCCCUCCGCGAUCUGAAGAUCGCACAAGGGAACCCUAAGGCUAUCGAGAGCAAGAGAAAGCAGAGGGAGAAUCAGGCCAAGUGGAGGCAGUCCCAGAGAGAAAAGGUCAAGGCCUUUGACUUGAAGCAGGCUGAGAAUGAGAAGAAAGCGGAGGACGAGCAGAACUAG